AUGGACGUCGCGCCUGCCAAUCCUCUGGGACAGUGGAUUUCGUGGGCCCUACGCUCCUGUGGUGCCACUCGUCCGGCUCAUGAAGAUACUCUUCCUACUUGGGAAAGCGUGGCGGAGUACGAUGAGGCUGGGCACACCAUGAGGCCGUCGAGGGUAGUGUCGUCGGUUUUCCAGUCCAUGGCCGAAGAAGACCCUGCCGCGACGAGCACUUUCUACUCAACUUCCUCUCCCGGUGCCACGUCUGUCCCCCGUUCGAUGUCCGCAUCUGCUUGUGCGGCUGCCGCUGCUUUUGCGGCGGCCUCCGCUUCUACUUCUGCCUCCGCUUCUGUCAUUGAAGUGUCUCGCUCGGUUGCCACCGGCGCCACUUCACCAACCCCUAUGUCGGCCACAGCCAACCCCACAGCCGCUAGUGGACACGGAGGCGUUGACCAGGCAAGGAACAUCGAGGCCGGGGUGGACAACGUGGUUGACAAGGCGGCCGACGAACCGGAGGAGAUGAAGGCCGGCAGCAUUUUGGACAUGAAGAAUGAGAUCAACGACAACGGUGGAGCGGCGGUAAUGAUGGGGUCUGUCAUUGGUCAAGACGAGGAGGUUGAGGAGGCGUCCUUCAUGCCCCCAGCAUUCCGCAGCAGCGACGACAACGCCAUGCGGAAGUGGGAGGCAAGAGACGUCGCGAUGAAGGUCAUCGAUGCCGAGAUUGGCGGUGGCACGUUCGCCAGGGUCGUAUUUGGUCAGACCAGCAUCGGCAUGCCUGUGGCCAUCAAGGUCAUCAACAGGGACAGCGACGCCUUUGGAAGCCAGGACAAGUACAUCAACCGCGAGAUCCAGACCCUGACCAUGGCCGCACACCACCCGAACGUGGUGGACAUCCUCGGCACCCUUAAGACUCCCAGCACCACCUUCAUGAUCAUGCCCCUUCUGCACUCGGACGUCGCGACUCUCCUGAAGGAGAAGCCCCUGCAAGAGAAGGAGGCCGUGACGAUCUCCAUCCAGAUGUUCUCCGCAAUCGAGCACGUACACAGCAAGGGCAUCCUGCACCGAGACCUGAAGCCGGCCAACUUGCUGAUCACUAACGACAUGCAAGUUCGCCUCGCUGACUUCGGGUUCUCGAAGAUGCUGGCGGAGGGAGAGACCACCAUGACCGGGCUAUGUGGUACCAAGCCCUACCUAUCUCCAGAGCAGGUUAACAGAUCGCCCUACGGGAUUGAGGCGGACAUGUGGGCUGCCGGGGUGGUGGUGUCCGAGCUACUCAUGGGUGUCACGGUCUUCUGCCCGGACCCCAGCAUCGACCUGGGACCGAUCUCUAAGGACAUCUCGAGCCUCGAGGAGGGGGGGGACAUCCGAAUGAGGCUAGACCCGUACGAUGAGUUGGAGAGGGAGAACAUCCGAGCUGGGGUCUUCAAGGUGGACUCUGAGCGCGUCGGAGCGGUGGGAGAGGACUUCUUGAGGAAGCUAAUCGUCCUCGACCCGGCGGAGAGGAUGUCCGCACGACAGGCGGGAGAGCACCCGUGGCUCGGAGACGAGGGCGCGGUGAUGCUCAAGAGGGCUGAAGUGGAGGCGGUUUUGAAGGAAGCGCAAGAGACAGAGCAGGCUGAGAAGAACGAGAGGAUGAAAUUUCUCAGGAGCAAGAGGCGACGCCGGGUGCCAAAGAUGGCGAGAGCGGCGAGGGUCCUGGCUCCCGUUGCGGAGGGAGCACUGCAGCCGGCUUCGAGCACCGCGGGCGCCGUGUCCAUGCUCACCUCGGCAAGCGUGGGAGCAGCGACUGGGGCGGGGGCGGACGUUCCUCGUGCGAUGAUGGUGGCCGAGUCCGGGUCCACGGCGGUGCGGUCGAGCGAGGGAGAAGCAUGUGGUUCGGGCGCGGGUGUGGUGCAAGCCCCGAUCGGCCAGGAGCUGUGA